GGGGAGUCCCACUGCAAGUCUGUCGGCUGCAUCGUCGACGGCGUGCCACCCGGAAUGGACUUGUCUGAGAAAGACAUCCAGCCGCAGUUGACCAGAAGAAGACCGGGUCAGUCGAAGUUGUCAACUCCUAGAGAUGAGAAGGACCGCGUGGAGAUCCAGUCUGGUACCGAAAACGGCAAGACCUUGGGGACUCCAAUUGGCAUGUUGGUCAGAAACGAGGACCACAGACCGCACGACUACUCCGAAACUGACUUGUACCCAAGACCGUCGCACGCCGAUUACACGUACUUGGAAAAGUACGGUACCAAGGCAUCCUCUGGCGGUGGUAGAGCCUCUGCCAGAGAGACCAUCGGGCGCGUAGCCGCUGCGGGGAUUGCUGAAAAGUUCCUCACCUUGGUCAACGGCGUGGAAAUCGUCGCUUUCACAACCCAGAUCGGCCUGGUCAAGAUGGACAGAGACCUGACCACCGGAGAGUUCCAUCAACUCUUAGAUACCAUCACCAGGGAGCAGGUCGAUGCCUGUGGCCCUGUUAGAUGUCCGGAUGCGUCUGUGCGAGACUUGAUGACCAAAGAGAUUGAGCGUUACAGAGACGCGAACGAUUCUAUCGGUGGGAUUGUGACCUGUGUCAUCAGAAAUUUGCCUACUGGGCUUGGUGAGCCAUGCUUCGAUAAGUUGGAGGCGAUGUUGGCGCACGCAAUGUUAUCCAUCCCUGCUUCCAAGGGUUUCGAAAUCGGCUCCGGCUUCAGCGGGGUCUCCGUGCCGGGCUCCCAGCACAACGAUACCUUCUACUUGGAUACUUCCGCCGGUAGGCUCAGAACCAGGACUAACAACUCCGGUGGAACCCAGGGUGGAAUCUCCAACGGUGAAAACAUCUACUUCUCCGUCGCUUUUAAGUCCGCCGCCACCAUCUCUCAAGAGCAAAAAACCGCCACCUACGACGGUAAGGAUGGUAUCUUGGCCACCAGAGGCAGACAUGAUCCGUCUGUCACUCCAAGGGCCGUCCCAAUUGUCGAGGCCAUGGCCGCGUUGGUUUGUGCCGAUGCUUUGUUGAUGCAAAAGUCCAGAGAGUUUGCCGCGUCUAUUGUCGCCAAGUAGCUGAUAAAGAUCUGAUAGAAUCUAGAGGGAUAGACGAAGGAGCUAAGACUUAUAUAUUUUUAGCAAUAAAGAGAUUGGUUGAUUGCCGUGUUUUAAACUGGAAGAGAGGUAGCAAUGCCAAUACGAAUUGGCAUAUAGGGUGUAGUGAUACCCACAAGAAUAGCCCAAGUGUAAGGGAGGAAAUAACCAGUAUUUUAUAUAUUAUUUUUUUACAGCGAAUCUAAAAGUUGAAACGG